AUGACCUUGGCUCAUCGUGAGCAGCGCGUCAUCCCGAGCCAUGUCCUCGCCCCUUCGCCCACGACUCGCUGCGCCCGCACACUUCCAGACAUAUUCUCCCCCGAUGUACGUGCCGCCAUCGACACCCUGAACAGUCGCCAGAUGGAACAGCAGCAGACUAUUUUCCGCGAUGGACUCCUCGGCCUGGAUUCACCUAACACAGACACUCCCGUUUUACAAAACACGUACCCUUACUACGAGUAUUGGUUCUGGUCAGCCGACCAUCCCGGCAAGCCUGGCUCACCCGGUUACAUUCCUAUGCUCAGCGGCUUGGGGCGUGAUGGAGAGCUGCUAUCGCUGCCGCAGGACAUCAUCUUCAGCAUCUCCAUCCAGGGUGAUUCGAGGCCGGGAACCUACAAAAUCAAGUUCGUGGAUAUAAAGCUGGACCUCGGCCCGCCUCCCAAAGGUAUGAAAUCGGCUUCGUCCUCGCCUCGGGAGUCAUCAACUACAAAGCCUGCCAUAGUUCCGGGCGCCCUGACAGAUCGCAAUGCAGACGGCGGUGGACCCCGCGCUUCAAUGCUUUCCAACCUCCGCUUCAACCCGAGACUAUCAUAUAGCGCCGACGGUCGGUAUAUGACCGUGACGCUGCUCCCUCGCGGAGCAAGUCACGUACCCGCAAAUCUGGCGCGCGAGUUGUCGUUCAUGUUGUCAGGAGUGUGCGUCAACAUCGCGCCUCCUGGGAUCGAUCAGGUCGUUGUGUCGCCGUACAUCUCGAUCCAGUACGAUGGAUGGGGACUCCAAGGACCGACUCAGAGGCCCCCACCGCAUAUGAUACUUUCUCGAGACUCACAGCCAGAGUUAGAAAGUUGGAGGCUGACCUAA